AUGGAAAAAGAGAUCGACUAUGCAGCUCUUGAGCAGCGCGCUAAGGAGCUUUAUGCUCAAAUCCAGGACGUGAACGUUCCAGAUAGAUUUAAAAACCCUUCCAAUUUUUCCACACAAAAGGUCAGUCUCGACAACUCAGCACCACUGAUUGCGAACGGAUCCCAGAGCCUUUCGGCCACGGCGACAGAAUCUAGAAAGUCAAAUGCAUCCAUGUUUUAUACUACUUCUAACAGCGAGUAUGGAGACUUCACACCCUCCAUAGUUGAGAUGCCCACGCAGUGGAAUGGGAACAAAAUUAUCGUGAGUCGUCAGCAAAAUAAUGUCGUCUAUCGAUACGACGGAUUCAACACCGAGGUCGACAAGAAUAGAUACAUGGACCCUUACGUCACUAUCCGCCGCAAGUAA